AACAAACUCCAGCCCUGAUCUGAAGUGCACUUGUGCUUCAUCCAAAACCAGUUUGAACCGAAUAUUGGCUGACCCAUUGGGAUUGAAUGUAGUAACAAGGGUUGACCCAUUUCCCAGAGUGCUACCAACUCUCGCUAUUUAGCUCUAACCGUUCCAGUUCAAUGAGACCAACCCUUCGCAGUCUACCUUAGGUAGUAGGCUAAGAAUUAAACGCUGGAGCUUGUUUGAUGUAGCCCGCUGGUCAGCCUAUCUAUUGAGGCAGGCUUCUCAGCCGAUUCUGCCUCUCUUCAUGGUCGGUCAGCCCUCAGCGGGAGCGAGCUAACUAUUGAGGGUUCUCCAACAAAGAAUAGAGACGUCUUUGUUCGCCCUCAUUGCUGUUUGGUGUACGUAUGUAGUUGGGUGUUUUGAAAGGGGCGUUUAACGUGGUUAAUCAUUGACAAAGUUGGUUUCGUCAGACGUAACACCAUGGAAGACAAUCAACUCGAGCUUCCCGCUGGUUUAACCCAUGAUCUGAAUCGUCGACAUGUACGAUUGUUUUCCAACCCGCCUCGUCAUUUUCGUUCCGAGGCUGAAGACCAGCCUCAGGCUCAAGCUCAGGCUCAAGCUCAGGCUAUUGCUCCCAUUGUUCCGGACUUGGAGGCCGGACUGAUCGAGGAUCAAGACCAAUUAUUGCCCGUGGAUAACGACGAGGAUGACGAUGGGGAUGGAAUGGGCAGCAUCUCCUCCAGCCAAUGCUACGAGCCCGGAUCGGAGGGGCGCAUCCAUUCACCAGCUUAUUGGGGACAACCCGUGGGUGUACUAUCUCGGGGUAAUUUGGAGGUGGUCAAUUUGACCUGGGAAAGUAUGAACUUUCACCAGGGGCAAUCCCACUAUCGUAUGGAUUACCUCGCCCGGACGGCCAAUUCUGAGAAUCGGUUUCUGGCUUGCUUGAUCAAAUUGCUCUUGGUCUUGUGGAUUGGAACUACUACGGCUCUUGCAGCGUUCAGUAUCGAAUUCCUCAUCCGAUACUUGUCCAACUUCAAGUACGCCUUUUUCUCGAACUUGCUCUCGCACGGAAUAACGCGCUUUCGUGACCUCACCAAUCCCCUAGCCCUUAUUCUUGCCAUCAAUGGGGCUCUAUGUGGCUUGGCAGGUCUCUUGGGCGUAUGGAAGCACCUCUCCGUGGGCUCGGGCAUCCCUCACAUCAAGGCUUAUUUAAAUGGAAUCAAGAUAUCCGGCUUGAUGUGUUUCUCGACCUUGGUGUCCAAGUAUUAUGGCGUGAUUGUCAGCGUUGUGGGUGGAUUUCCCGUGGGCAAAGAAGGCCCCAUGAUUCAUUUGGGUGCUGGCAUGGGUGCAGGAUUGACUCAAGGUAUGGCCCCCAGCUUAAACAUCUACACCAAUUUUUUCCGCCAAUUUCGAAACGAUCUGGAUAAGCGCGAGUUCGUGGGAAUGGGUGCGGCUGCCGGUGUGUCCGCCGCUUUCGGAGCGCCGAUCUCUGGCAUCAUAUUCGCUAUUGAAGAGGGGUUGAGUCACUUCAACCCCACCACCUUGUUCUGGCUUCUGAUCUGCUCCUGUCAAAGCUUCUUCGUGUUGAAUCUGGGGAAAAGCUAUGAGAACGGAAGUUUUGGAGACAUGAGCAAUGGAGGCCUGAUCAACUUUGGCAAGUUCAGCGAUGCCUCAUACCAGACCGUGGAAUUCUUGAUUUUCGUAGCCAUGGGGGUUUGUGGGGGUUGCUUUGGGGCUUUGUUCAACCAGCUGAACAAGUGGAUCACGACCUACCGAAGCAGCUUCAUUCAAUCCAAAAAGUCCAAGGUGUUUCACGUCUUAGCCAUUUCCUUGGCCGUGACAAACCUGGCUUAUUACAGCAUGAUGGUGGUCCCCGAUUGCAAGCCCCGAGCCAAGGACUUCAACCCGUACCAAAUGCAACUGUAUUGCAAUGACGGCGAAUAUCAUGCGGGAGCUGCUAUCUGGUUUGCUACCCCUGAGAAUUCCGUGAAGGACCUGUUUCAUGCUCCAGUUAAUAACUAUAAUUCUUCGAGCCUGAUCGAGUUCGUGAUCGUCUACUUCCUGAUUAGUGUCUUCACCUACGGGAUUUCGAUUUCAAGUGGAUUGUUCAUACCCAGCCUCCUAAUUGGGGCAGCUUGGGGCAGACUUGUGGGUAUUUUUCUACAGCUCUAUUUUCCCGCCAUGAACUUUGGGGAUGUUGGCAAGUAUGCUUUGGUCGGAGCCUCUGCCCAAUUGGCUGGAACUGUUCGGAUAUACAUAACUAUUUGCUGUAUCAUGAUGGAAGCCACAGGAAAUUUGACCUAUGCCUAUCCUAUCAUCAUUUCUUGCGUUGUCGCUACCUGUAUGGGCAAUCUAUUCAAUGAAGGAAUUUACGAGAUCCACAAUAACUUGGCUGGCAUGCCAUUAUUGGCCUGGACUCCUCCCAAAGGUGCUGAUAAGGUUCAAGUUUCUGAAAUUUGUGCUCGACCCGUCAUAUGUCUACAACGGCGAAUGCGGGUUAAGGAAGUCGUUGACAUAUUGGAGAAUUGCCCGCAUGGAGGGUUCCCCGUUGUGGAUCCACCUGAAGAAGACGAGAUUGGUGUCAAUCAAAGUCAUGGCCGCCUUCGCGGAUUCAUGCUACGACAUCAUGUGGUUCAAAUGAUCUUGGCCGCUCACUUGGAAGACAAAAUGGACGAAGAAGUCUCAUGGGAGUCUUAUGCCAAUGUGUACCCAACCCAAACUGAUAUCUACGAAAUCUACGUCUCAGACAUGCUCAAAUUCACGGGAUAUUUGGAUUUCUCUAAGAUUAUGGAUCCAGCCCCAACGACCGUAAAGCCGCACCAAAGCCUCGAUUAUUGCUAUCAGCAAUUCCGAAUGGUUGGCAUGCGCCAUAUGAUCGUUGUCAAUGAUUUGUUCGAUGUCGUGGGUAUCGUGACUCGCAAAGAUCUCUACCGGGUGACAAUUCACAAGGGACAACUCCAAUUCAAGACACCCAUUAUCCCCGGCAAACCCAAAUAUAUACAACGUUUCAUGAACAAAGACGAUGAUGUCCAGGCAUGAAAAGCAAGUUCUCCGGCUUCAUUCUCCCAAAACCACGUCAGAAAACAUUGUCAAAAAAAACGCCGAAAUACCUCGCUCCAUCCCUAGAACUUUUUUUUUAACAUGUAAAAAUUUUAACAUAACUACCGUGCCUUGAGCCUUUUUGUUUGCUUAUUACUACAAAGCGAUGAUGGUAUGAGCCAAUCUAUGUUUAAUCAUGACUUUUAAAUGUUGUAAAUUCAUUCUCUUGUACAUGGAAUAAAAUGUUCUACCUUGUA